GGUGGAUGUAGCGUUGCCAUAGCUACGCGCAUGCCAUGGUCAUGACGGUUCUGCAAGAGGUGAACGGCGAGGACGCCUCACCCGAGAAGCGCAGCUCGUUGAGCGGAGGUGAGGCGAACGAGGCAGCACAGCUUCGGCAGGCUCUCUUGGAGGCCCAGGGCGAGAUCGCGGGGUUGCGCCUUGCCUUGGCUGCGAAGGAGUCAGUGCGCCGAUCCGAGGACGGAUCCAACGAGCCGCGCUCUGCUCGACUCUCGCUGGAUCCUUCGAGCGCAAGGAGAGCUCGCCGUCUAUCCGUGGAGGAAACAGCCACAACAGCGCGCCGCACAGAGGGGCGACGCCAGGCUGGACUCUUCGAGCUCCGAGUUUCACUGAGGAGCCGAGCACGCCGGGAGGAGCCCAAGCCGAGCUCGGUGCUGACCUCCACCCCCCCCGUGCCGAACUCCUCGCGCCGCGGAUCGCCGAGCCGCUCCGUGAGCCCAAAGGAGAGCCGGGCCGCAGGCACAGAAGUCAAGGCGCAGUUUUCUCCUCCGCGGCCGGAAGCAAGGACUCGGUCUCUGUCCGCGCGGGCCAUGCGGAAGUUUGCUGAGCUGAACGCUCACAAAGAAGAGUGGCCAGAUGUGCGCAGAGAGGCUGCUGCUGCCGCGGACAGCGAGUGCCGGUUAAAGGCUGCUGCUGCCGCGGACAGCGAGUGCCGGUCAAAGGCUGGUGCUGCUGCCGCAGUCAGCGAGUGCCGGUUAAAGGCUGGUGCUGCUGCCGCAGACAGCGAGUGCCGGUUAAAGGCUGCUGCUGCCGCGGACAGCGAGUGCCGGUCAAAGGCUGGUGCUGCUGCCGCAGACAGCGAGUGCCGGUUAAAGGCUGGCCGGACGCACGAGUGCCGGAAGGACAGACCGCCGGGGGCGUCGCCGGUGGAUGCGCAUUGCAUUGAGACGGUGCGGCGUACAUCAGGGCCGACGGUGCGCAUGACGCAUCCCGUGCAGGUGCGCGUGCCAGUGAUGCCGUUGGGCGCUCCCAGGUUUGCUUCGACUCGCGCGACUAGACUGUCGCUGCCAGCUGGGCUAGGGCACACCUGGGUGAGUCGGGUGUGAUCUGAGUGGAACCACUCGUCUCACCGCUCACAAGUGGAGUAGUAGGUUCUUCAGUGCGAGUCUUGCUGUU